AUAAUAACUGUUGGGCCCAACCAUCGGCCCAAAAUGCUUAAGUCCAGUUAUUAUUACUAGUGUCUAAGUCUUUUAUAAACCCAAUCACAUUCUCAUUCAUAUCCGAUGUGAGAUUAUUGGGGUGUGACAGCCACGAACUCAUCGCCUCCAUCUACUCCGCCCUCAUUCGCGCCCGCUCCAAGUCCUCUUCCUUCAGCGUCAGCGUCAAUGCCGGCACCGGCAUUGGGGAAGGCGGAGAAAGAGGAGGCGGCAACAUCCUUCUUACCGUCGCCGAAGGUCGACGUCGCAAAGACGGUGGAGGAGGCAAGGAGGGUCGGGGGGAAAGAGAGAGCGAGAGCGAGAGCGAGAGAGAGAGAAAGAGAGAGAGAGAGGAAUAAGAAUAUUUUAGUCAGUUUUCUAAAAAUUUGAGCUGAAUUUGUAAAAUUCAAAAUAGUGACCCAUUUUUAUGAAAUCUCGAAACUAAUAGAUAUUUUAUGCAAAAAGGCCAUUUAUUAUUAUUGAGAUUAGAUUUUACAUAGAUAUUUUAGUAAUUUUAGAAUAAAUUUAAAAAUUUUGAAUAGUAGUAAAAGGCAAAUAAUCAAAAGGAGCCCCUAUAAUUCCAUGGCACACUACAACCAAGUACUGAUGCGAAAAGUCAAGAGGGAAGUUUCUUGGUAGCUGCAAUGUCCAAAUCACUUGCUCCCAGUUUCUUGUUUAUAAUGUGUAGUUCAUCCUCAUCUCCCACUCCUCAAUCCCUAAUAAAACAUUUACUUCAAGAGCUUCUCUAGUUGCAGUAUUUUCUCUAGUUAAAUUUGAGAUUAAUUAUUUUGGAGCAGCUCCCUCUUCAAUCUCCUUUCUGGAUCUGUGGCUCAAUUCAGAGGAAGUGCCCAUGGCGGAGGCUGUGGUAAGCUCAUUACUCCUAAAUAUCGGUGCGACCUUAGCUAGUGAAGCAACUAAAGCAGCAACAUCACGAUUACUAACACGGAUAUCAGCAAUGGAAGACCUUGUGGAGGAUAUAAGUGACAUUAAGGGUGAGCUUCAGAGCAUGCUAUCCUUCCUACGGAUCGCUGAAAGAUUAAAACAGAAGGAUGAGAGCACAACAACCAUCAUAAAACAAACAAGAGAUUUGGCUUUCGACAUUGAGGAUAUUAUAGAUGAGUUCACAUACAAGCUCGGUGAAGAGCAAGGAGGGGUCCAGCCUACAACAGUCAAGAUGUGCAGAAAUAUAGCAACUUGGCGUCGCCUUAGCAAGAGGCUUAACAAAAUCAAAGUUAAGCUUCGAAACAUUAAGGAAAGAAGGGAGCGAUAUGAUACAAGCAGAAUGGAAAAUGAAGCAAGACCUCUAAUAGCUGCUGGCGGUAGCAAGAGCCCCGCAGAAUUAGCACAUUUUGUCGAGGAGGAUGAUAUCGUGGGUAUUGACAAGUACAGGGACUUGUUGCUCAGAUGGUUGAAAGAUGAGGAUGAGCAGCAACGACAGCCCAUGAUAAUCUCAGUAUUGGGGAUGGGUGGUCUAGGGAAGACCACUCUCGUGACUCAUGUGUACAAUAUCAUCGAAGCUUCUUUUGAUGCUUGUGCCUGGGUUGCUGUAUCUCAAAGUUAUGAGACGGAUGAUUUGCUUAGACAGAUCUUAAAAGAGUUCUAUAGGAAAGAUCGUGAGAAAGGAGAAGCACCUAACAACAUUAAUACCAUGGAUUAUAGAAGCUUGGUUGAGACUAUCCGCACUUAUUUGCAGUGUAAAAAGUAUGUACUUAUUCUGGAUGAUGUUUGGAGUACUGAUGUACUGGACAAUAUAAAGAAUGCACUUCUGAAUAGUAAUAGCAAGAGUAGAAUAGUUCUCACAACAAGGAUUCGCGAUGUAGCACUAUUAGCAAACGAGAACCGUAUGUUUGAGCUAAAGACGCUAGAGGCAGGUCAUUCAUGGGAUUUGUUUUGUAAAAAUGCAUUUUGGAAAAGUGCAAACAAGAUUUGCCCACCGCCCUUAGAACAAUGUGCUAAAAAAGUUGUCGAGAAGUGCGGUGGCUUGCCCCUUGCUAUCGUAUCUAUAGCCCGUCUCUUAUCAUUUCGAGAUGAAACAGGUUCCGAAUGGGAGAAGGUUUACAAAGAUCUUGAGUGGUAUCUAACUAACAACGAAUCGAAGCUCCAUGAAAAAGUACAUAACAUUUUGAAACUUAGUUUUGACGAUCUUCCCUAUUACCUUCGAAAUUGCUUCUUAUAUUGUUCCAGCUUUCCGGAAGACUAUACAAUUGAAAGUUACAGGCUCAUAAGGCUUUGGGUGGCCGAAGGGUUCAUUGAAGAAAGAGGAAUAACGAUGGAGGAAGUGGCCGAGGACUACCUUCACGAACUAGUUCACCGCUGUCUACUACAAGUGGUUGAGAGGAACGAUAUCGGUAGAGUUCAAGAAUGUCGAAUGCAUGACAUCAUUCGAGUCCUUGCUCUUUCGGAGUCAAAGGAGUUAAGUUUCUGCAUGGUUUACGAGAAUUCACGGACAAUAUUGCAGAGAUCCAAAGUGCGCCGCUUGUCAAUCCUAAGCAAUAUAACUAAUUAUCGUACUGAAGACAAAUCUCAUUUGCGUUCAGUGCUUGUUUUCAACAAUUCCAUGAGCAAUGAUUUACUGGAGUCGGUCUUAAGAUCAUCAAAAUUUUUACGUGUCUUGGAACUACAAGGAGCGCGAAUCGAGAAACUACCGAGUGAGAUUUGUAACCUAUUCAACCUGCAUUAUCUAGGCUUGCAGCGAACAAGAAUAUACGAGCUUCCAAGAUCAAUCGGGAAGCUACGAAAUCUGCAAGUAUUAGAUGCAGAUCACACUGGAAUAGAAAAGCUGCCGGAGGAAAUAACAGAGCUCCAAAAGUUGAGACAUCUACAUUUGUCCGACGACUGGGGUAAGAACAUCAAGGCACCGGUGGGAAUAUGGCGCUUGAAGGGCUUGCAGACUUUAACACCUAUUGAAGCAACUGAGGAGAUUGUGCGGAAUGUAGAAGCUUUGACAGAGUUGCGGACAUUUUCAAUAACGGGCGUAAGAACCCAUCACUGUGCAGACUUGUGGAAUAGUAUCACAAAGAUGAGCCAUCUUAGCAAUUUAUUUGUCAGCAGUGAACGUGGGCAAGAAUUACAGCAGUUGGGCACCCUGCGCCUACCUCCACCAAUUCAAGCAUUACAUCUGUAUGGUGCAAAAUUGGAUGAAGAUACGUUUCCUCACCUGCAAGCGCUGCCCGCGUUGAUAGUUCUCUACCUUUAUGAGGCAUAUGACGGCAUGAAGUUGCACUUCCAAGCAACAUCAUUCCCGAAGCUAAAGAAAUUGGGAAUAGUAGGUGCCCCGGAGCUCAGUCAGGUGGAAAUCGAAAGAGGAGCAAUGGCAAGCCUGUAUAAGCUUCAGCUAGACGGUUGCCUCGAGCUAAAGGAGCUGCCCCACGGCAUCGAGUACCUUACCACCCUUCAGGAUUUAUACAUUGGCCAUCUAGCAGAGGAACUUGUUGAGCUGCUUCUAGGAGGAGGAGGAGGAGGAGAAGGCGACCACAGCAAUGACUUGCGCACGAGGGUUCGCCACAUCCCGAAUUUUACUAUUUCAUUCAAACGAGACGAAGGGAGUGUCACAGAAACGAUUAAAUUUAUUCCACAUCAUGUAGGUGAGUUUGUGCGCUUUUUGCAAGGCACCGACCGAGCUUGAUGCUUCCAUAUUUUCCGCCUCGGAUCUUCUAAACAAUCCGUCCGUGCUCGAUGAAAAUUGAAAAUGUUGAUCGAUAUAUGCAGGUGUUAUCUUAUAGCAUGUGUAUUUUAUUUUAUUUUAUUCUCAAUGUAUGUGUGUGUAAAAGUGGAUGCAUCAAAUUAGUUGGUGCAUGUCUUCAGCUACUCGUAUUAUGUAUUUGGAGAAUGCUUUGUACCCUUUUAAAACUUUAUUUAUUUAUGUAUUUGGAGAAUGCUUUGUACCCUUUUAAAACUUUAUUUAUUUAUUUAUUUGGAGAAUGCUUUGUACCCUUAAAACUUUCUUUAUUGGCUAAAA